AGUUUCUGCGAAUCUGCAAGUCUGCAAGAGAAUAUUUAACUUCAAUAAAUAAAAUAAUUCAUUUUCAGCCGUAAUAUCCUGCUCUGCUUACUUGAAUCUGAAGAUCUUGGCUUUUAUUGAUUUGAGAGACACGGUACCGACAUGUGACUGCCGUUACCGUUGUCGGGUGGUGUGCUGAACGGACGGAUACCUGAGAGCGCGGCCCGGCGGCCGGCCGUCGGCAGCCAUGAGCUGUCCGCGCUCUCGGCGUCAGCUGGCCUUCUGCUUGGCCAUGCUGCUGCUGCCCUUCUCGCUGAUCGUGCUGCUCAACCAGCCAGAUCCUUCGGACUGUACCGGCAGGGGUCUUCCGUCAGGGAGUGAUAAAACAGUGGACACCCGGCUGGAACGGACGCUGGUUCAGCAGCUGGCGGAGCUGCGCCAGCGCGUGCAGCACGCCGAGAUGACUAACAGGGAGCGACGGAAAGACGUGAUGGUGCUUAACAGACAGCUGGACACCUACGGCGCCGCCGCCGCUGUGAAAGCGCCGUCCCAGCAGCAGCAGCGGCAGCAGGAGGAGGGACCUCCAGUGCUACCUCCGUCGCAGCAGCAGCUGGCGCAGCUCGCGCCGCCACAUGAGCUGAACGACACGACGACCCCGCGAGGUCGGACGGUGCCCGGAGCGCUGCCAGCAGCUGUUUCCGGGGUGCCGCUCACUCAUCUGCAGGAGAUCAACAGCGAUAUGGAGGUGCCCGGUCUUCUCACCUACCUACCGCACCUGCUGGGCCGGCCCGACGCGCUGACACCGGCGCUACACGUCAGUCAGGGUCGGCGGGACGUGACUGUGGUCAUGGGACUGCCCACAGUCAAACGUGAGGUGCAAAACUACCUCAUAUCGACACUGAAAAACCUCAUCGACUCUAUGUCUGAGUCGGAGAGGCUGGAGACGCUCAUUGUUGUCUUCAUUGCCGAGACGGAUGCGGAGUACUGCAGCCGGACGGCACAGGAAAUCCAGGACAAGUUUCCGGCCGAGGUAAAGUCGGGUCUGGUGGACAUCAUCUCCCCGUCUGCCGAGUACUACCCGCCCCGGGACUCUCUGCGCCGCACACUGGACGAUCCGCUGGAGCGCGUCCAGUGGCGCACCAAGCAGAACCUCGACUUCGCCUUCCUGAUGAUGUACUGCCGGCCGCGCGGCGUGUUUUACGUCCAGUUGGAGGAUGACAUCAUGACCAAACCCGGUUAUGUAACAAAAAUGAAGGAAUUCGCUCUUCAAAAGAUCUCAGAAAAGAAAGACUGGCUUCUUCUGGACUUCUGUCAACUUGGUUUUAUAGGGAAACUAUUCAAGACCGUGGACCUGUUGCCUCUUAUUCAUUUUCUGGUGAUGUUCAACAACGACAAGCCCUCAGACUGGCUGCUGCUUAACCUCGUGCACACCAAGGUGUGCCGCUUCGACAAAAGUGCUAAGAAAUGUAAGGAGGAAAAGGACAAGGUUUGGCUGCAUUACAAACCGUCGCUGUUCCAGCACAUUGGUACCCACUCGUCGCUCAAGGGCAAGGUGCAGAAGCUAAAGGACAAGCAGUUUGGAAAGGUGAAGAUGUUCAAGGCGCAUAGCAACCCGCCGGCCAGGGUGGUCUGUGACAUAAAGCCACACAAGCAGUAUACUCUGGAGAGGGCGUACCGGGGAGAGACGUACUUCUGGGGACUGUUACCGCAGCCCGGGGACCACCUGGAGUUUCACCUCACGCCGCCGGUUACACUCACCGGCUUCAUGUUUCAGAGUGGCAAUGUGGAGCACCCCUCUGAUCGCUUCUACAACACCACUGUUGAGAUUGUGCCGGCGUUAGCCGACCACGAGCUACUUAAGCGGUACAAAACUACUUCAGACGGAUACGCAAUAAUUGGUCAGUUUGACGACCAGGGGGUGGCGGCCGGCUCGCUGGAUCCCAGGGGGCCGAUCCGCUCUCUGAGGCUCGCCGUCCAGGCAGAGAGCGACAACUGGGUCAUACUUAGUGAGAUUCACCUGAAGAGGAGCUAGUGACGCUGGAGCUCGGCGGAGCCGCCAACCCUCUGCUCAACUGCGCCAGCCGCCCCGCGCCGCGCCGCUCGAACAGUGCCUCGCGCGGCAGUGACGGUAUCGGGGACGGUGCGGAACCAGUGAUAGUGACUGCGUCCAAGGGCCGUCCCGGCGAGCCCAGUGAAUACACGUGCCUAUAGACGGGACGGGUGGGGGCAGUUCAGUACCUGCGGUGAGAGAAUACGUACCGGCCACACACCCGCGCGCGUUGUUGAGUGUUCGCCAGUUUAUUGGAAACGUUCUAACUAGUCGUUGGUUAACAGUACGAAGUAUUUAAGACUGCAAUAGACUCUAUAAUAGG